ACCAUUCUUCCGAUCCGUUGAUAAACAAAACCUAGAACACCACAAGAACGGAAGUACCUUCUUAGAGAAGCAACUAGUUGCAGUUCCCAGCCAUCCCACAGAAUGCAGAUCUACCUGAGAACGCUGACGGGCCGCACCAUUGUCCUCACCGGUCUGGCCGAGGACGAAACCGUGGACAGCGUGAAGAAGAUGGUCGAAGCCCGGGAGGACGUUCCGCCGAAUCAGCAGCGGUUAAUUUUCUCCGGCAAACAGCUGGAAGAUGGUCGCACCCUGGACGAGUACAACAUCAUCAACCGGUCCACGUUGCAUCUGGUGCUACGUUUGAGAGGUGGCCAGGCCUGAAUACUGCCGACUUUGAAGCGUCCUAGGACUGCCAUUGUGAAUUUUACUGUUUUGACUGCCUACGAAGAAGAAUAUUGCUUAUUGUAUGAGAAUUUUGUGUAAACUAUUUGAAGGAAGGGGUUUCUCUUCAAUGAAUAGACUGUUCUAUUGUUGAACGUUUGAAUCGUAA